CGAUGACUGCAGGGUCACCGCGCCCAUCUCGACGUUCGAUGGCCGGACGAGAGUGCUUCUGCGUCGGCAAAGGGCAAAUAUCAGACUCGGUGUAGUAGUGGCAGUUUGAUGUGGCAGUGAAAUAGCCCGACCGAACUUUGAAUCUUCGCCUUUAUUCAGUCUGCCUUUGUUCUGUACGAGGCUUGUGGGUGUGAUCCCCCCCUCUUUUCUCCCUCCUCCCUCCCUCAUCUCCGGUUGGUCGACUGUUGGGCUCGCUGCUUCCUCGGCAAAGCGACGCUAGCUGGGGCUGGCUAGUUCUUGAGCUAGCGGUGGGGGCUCUUCGCUGAUUUUCGUGGGCUCGUCUCGUAUCCCGGUCAAUGCCAAAAAACACAUUGGCUCAGAUCAACAAGUGCCCCAAUAGCUGGAGAGAGGUAACCGAAAAAGAGGAAGAAAAUGAGUGAACUGGACCAAUUACGCCAAGAGGCAGAGCAGCUCAAAAAUCAGAUUAGAGAUGCCAGGAAAGCAUGUGCAGAUGCCACUCUAUCACAGAUCACGGCUAAUAUUGACCCCGUUGGGCGAAUUCAAAUGCGUACAAGACGAACACUGCGGGGUCAUCUGGCCAAAAUCUAUGCCAUGCACUGGGGAACAGAUUCCAGGCUCUUGGUCAGUGCUUCUCAGGAUGGCAAACUAAUUAUUUGGGACAGUUAUACUACAAAUAAGGUCCACGCCAUUCCACUUCGUUCUUCCUGGGUUAUGACGUGCGCAUAUGCACCUUCAGGAAAUUACGUGGCCUGUGGUGGUUUAGACAACAUUUGCUCCAUUUACAACCUGAAAACCCGCGAGGGCAAUGUACGCGUGAGCCGUGAGCUCGCUGGGCAUACAGGAUACCUCUCCUGCUGUCGUUUUCUUGAUGACAACCAGAUUGUUACAAGCUCGGGAGACACCACCUGUGCACUUUGGGACAUUGAAACCGGCCAGCAGACAACCACUUUUGCCGGGCACACGGGCGACGUCAUGAGCCUCUCUCUGGCCCCAGAGUCCCGGUUAUUUGUGUCUGGUGCUUGCGAUGCUUCGGCUAAACUCUGGGAUGUGCGAGAGGGCAUGUGCAGACAGACCUUCACUGGCCAUGAGUCUGACAUCAAUGCCAUCUGUUUCUUCCCCAAUGGCAAUGCCUUUGCCACUGGCUCGGAUGAUGCCACUUGCAGGCUGUUUGACCUGCGUGCCGAUCAGGAAUUGAUGAUCUACUCUCACGACAACAUCAUCUGCGGCAUCACUUCGGUGGCGUUCUCCAAGAGUGGCCGUCUUCUCUUGGCUGGAUAUGACGAUUUCAACUGCAAUGUGUGGGACACACUAAAGGCCGACCGUGCCGGUGUGUUGGCUGGCCAUGACAACCGUGUGAGCUGCCUGGGUGUGACUGAUGAUGGCAUGGCUGUUGCUACAGGAUCCUGGGACAGCUUCCUGAAAAUCUGGAAUUGAAGCCUGAAGUAGCCUCUCGUCUUUGCUCCCCAGAUGUCCUUUUAACUCCAAAGCCGACUGGAAGACCAUUACAACUUCAGAAUGUUCACAGCAUCUUCAACACUGUUUAAAACUGACUUGGACACCACAAAAAAUGUCGAAGGGAAAACCAAUCCUUUCCUACACAAAGAAGAGCACAAUUGUCUUAUCACCUAAUUAAAGAAAGGAUCUCCUGUGGUAUCAAAUCAGAAACUUGUGCAUUCCUUCUCGGACCAUUUCAUGUUAUCUUGUAAGAAAGAGAGAAAAAAACAACACUAUCAUCCCAUUCAAACGUAUGUGUGUUUUGAAAGCAAAUGUUGGAGUGUAAUUGUACAAAUUAUUUAACUUUUUUUUUUUUUUUUUUUUUUUUUUUUUUUUUUUUAAAGAAUUCUAUUCCAACGGUUUGUUACUCUCAAUGGCUUUUUUGUCGUAUUUCUUUAGUGGUUUUAGAUAUGUUUGAAUGACAGCUUGUCCUUUCUAAUCCAGUUAAAUCACGUAUGAGCGAUGAAAGAAAAACAUGCAGAAGUUAAAAAAAAAAAAAAAAAAAAAAAAAAGGAAAAAAAAAAAAAGCUUGGAUCAUAUUACACAAGCAGCUUUUCCAAAAUGUCUCAUGUAUUUAUAUACUAGCUGUUUGCUUCUUUUAUUUUCUCAUCACAGCCUUUUGCACAUGAAGAAGCUUUGCCUCUCAGCUAACACAAUGUUAACUAACCAAGCACAUGCUAUAAGUUAUGAAUGCUCAUUCCAGUAAAAAAAGACUUCUUACGAGUAAUUUUGUCCAGUUGAGACCCCCCCUUAAUUCUUGUUCAUGCCUUCGACAUGGGUGGUAGAGAUGGUGUAGCAAGGCAGGUGCUGAGUUUAUUUUGGGCGGGCCUUUUGUUUUUGCUGUUGUGGGGAGGGGAGGGGGGUUGGUUGACUUGUAUGACAAGGAUUGGAGUGGGCGGGAAGGUUAGGGUCUUGUGUUUAGUAUCCACUUUUCGAGUGAAACACCUCACCUAACUAAAUAGACACUUCCUUUGCUUGGGACUGCAGUUGCAACUCUGUGAAUGAAAUGUACAAAAAAAAAAUGUCUGAAAAAAAUGGUCUGAUGUUUUUAAGUUGAGACAUUUAAUUUUGUCUGACACGACUUAAUUUAGAUGUGCAUGCUGUAGACUUGCUUUCAGUGGUGCGAAAAUAAAUAAAUACCCCCAAAAUAAGUCCUAGAUUUUUUUUUUGCUUCUGAAAAGGAGAGUUAACCGAACCGAAUUUAUUAAACCUCAUUAAGUCAUUUUCCAGGCUGAGACUUUGCAUACUAAUGCUAUGCACCAGGUGAGCAAGAGACCGCGAACCUAGUGUCAAAUAUGCUUAAAGUUAUAUUGAUGCCAAUUUUAAAGAAUAUAUCUAUCUUUGUGAUAAUUCUGUCCUUGGCAAGCCUUUUCCUCCUCCAAAUCUUCACGUGAUGGAACAAAAACACGCUCGCAAACAGUGCCCAUAUUUCACCACAUUUUUUCUCCAGUUUUUUUUUUUUCUUUUGGUCUUAAAUUGAAAACGCAGAACAUCUGAAUGACAAUUCACUGUAUACAGAAGCACUUUUGUUAACGUGACAUUCUCACUUUCCUUUCUCUACAAUGAUGUACUUCAAUAAAUGUGAUGUAAUUUGUGUGUGUGGCCACAAGUGAAAAUGCAAUUUAAGUUCAGAUGGAUUACCCCCACCAAAACCCCAUCCACUUUCCAUAAAUACGAUAGAGCUCUGCAUCCUUAUGUAGCUUUCCACUUUUUAUUUUAUUUUUUAUUAUUUUCCUUUCAGUCUUGGUGUUCCACGGUGAGCUGGAUGCAAGAUAGAUACUGUACUAAAAUGUACUGUUAUUGAUUGAAGAUGUAAUAAAGCUGUUUGAGAGUUA